UAGUGUCUGGGAGAUAGCUCAACGGUAGAGUUCAGCUUUUAUUUUAUGUUGUGACCAGAGCACUGCUCAGCCCUAGCCUGUGAUGGUGCUGGGAGCCCAGAGCCUUCACAUGACCCCUGCACUCUCUCCCUGGCCAACAGGAGAAGGGCAUGAGACCCCAGCUCUAUCCCAGGCUCCAGGGAUGACACAAUUGAGUUGUGGUUGUUUUAAAAUGAAAAGAACUACUGUGUAUGUUAGAGAUCUGUACCCAGUGCCUGUGGGGUGGUCAGGCAGUUUUAACAUUGUAGGGGGGCCUCACAUUCCACCAUCUUCUGGCCUUUUCUGUCUCCUCUGCUCCACCUCCUUUUUCUUUUCUCUCUCUGCAACAAGUGUGGAUUGCCCUAAAUCUCACAAGAAACUAUAAAAUACUUCAGUCAGCAACAGGAAGAAAAUAAGGAAUCAGAAAAAAAAAAUCACUGUUUCCUCUGGAUUGAAGGACUAAUAAUAGAAGCUAUGAAGCAACAAGUGCAGUGUGGCCUGGAGAGGACUGAGCCUGGUUUGCUAGGUAAAGGACAGAAUGAAUUGCCAGGGCCAGGGAAUGCCAGGGCCAGGGAAUGCUUGUCUUGCAAAGAAGCCCAGCCCAGAUCAUAGUUCCACCUUCCCAGAGAAAGCCUGCUCUAUCUUUCAAGGAACUGAAACCAAACUUAGUUCAGACUGGGCAGUGGAGAGGGAGGGAAAAGCAGCUGCAGAUCCCAGGAGUCAGCUCCGAGGCCACAGGCUCUCUCCCCUGCUGUGCAACAUGACAGAGCUCAGUAACGUCCCAGCCAGGGACCUGGACAGGUUCAUCGAGAACCACCUCAUGGUGGACACACCUUUCCGCAAGCAGGUCAGAGCAGCCAUCCACAUCAUCAGCAGUUUCCUGAAGGAGAAAUGUUUCCAGGGUACCUGGACCCCUGUGCGGGUGUCUAAAGUCGUCAAGGGAGGCUCCUCAGGCAAAGGCACGGCCCUCAGAGGCCAAUCUGACGCUGACCUCGUGGUUUUCAUCAACAACCUCAGGAGUUUUAAGGAGCAGUUUGAGCACCGAGGAGAGUUCAUUGAGGAAAUUAGGAGACAGCUGGUAGCCUGUCAGAGGGAGGAAACAUUUGAUGUGGAGUUUGAGAUCCAGAGAUUCCAGUAUCCCCGUGCUCUCAGCUUCACGCUCAGGUCCCCUUGGUACCAUAAAGGGGUGGAGUUUGAUGUCCUGCCUGCCUUUGAUGUCCUGGGUCAGUGGAAUGGCCACAGACCCAACCCCCAAAUCUAUGCCCGGCUCAUCCAAGAGUGUGAGGACCUGGGGAAAUGGGGCGAGUUCUCCCCCUGCUUCACAGAGCUGCAGAGAGCCUUCCUGAGGGACCGUCCAGCCAAGCUGAAGAGCCUCAUUCGCCUGGUGAAGCACUGGUUCCAGAAGUGUAAGAAGAAGAGUCGGGGACCACUGCCACCCCAGUACGCCCUGGAGCUCCUGACAGUCUAUGCAUGGGAGCAGGGAAGUGGAAGCCCAUAUUUCAACACAGCGGAGGGGUUUCGGACUGUCCUGGAAUUAGUCCUGGAUCAUGAGAAGCUUUGUAUCUACUGGACAAAGUAUUAUGACUUCAAAAAUGCUGUUAUUAAACGAUGUCUGACAAGAAUGCUCAACAAACGCAGGCCUGUGAUCCUGGAUCCGGCUGACCCCACAGGAAACGUGGCGGGAAGAGACAGAUUCGCAUGGCUGCAGCUGGCCACAGAAGCCCACACCUGGCUGAGCUACCUCUGCUUUAAGAAAUGGGACGGAUUUCUGGUGGCCUCCUGGGAUGUGCCGCCUGAAGUGGACAGUGCAAGUGACAGUGAGGAGGAAGACUCUGGGCUGACCUGUGGUUGCCUGCAGACUGAAUCCUCCCAGGGCUUCAGAACAUACCAGGAAGUCGGCCUUCCCUGGACGAUGGAUAGUCCUCGGGUGACAUCUAGUCACAGGGUGGCAUCCCCUCCCUGGGGGAUAUCCACUGCCCGUGUGGAGUCCACAUCCCAGGACGAUGAGGACUGGACAUGUGUCAUCCUCUGAAUGCCAGUGGGCCUUAGGGACAGGACUUCGGAAUUGGGUGUGUGGGGGCGGUGGCUGGGUUGGGAGGGCUGGCUCGAUCAUUUCCAGGAGGGGGGGGGUCAGACCAUUAUACCCCAAGGGCAGAGGACUCCACCAACCACCACCCCACCUCCCUCUCCUUCAUAGAUGGCAUCUUCCCACAAUCUCCACCCCACCCAACUCUCAUCUCUACAAGGUAACAGGAGAGACCCUUGAUCACCAGUGAAGUGGAAAGGCCAUCAAGUAGCACGUGUGAGGCAUUAUUCAUUCAAAGCAGGCAGAAGAGAUGUCUGCCUGUGUGCUAGAAAGGUGCGUGCGUGUGUCUAUGUCUGUGUUACCAGCUGAGUGAUGAGUGCCCGUUGAGCAUCUGCUAUACGCCAUUCACUGUUCUGGACCCUGGGCCCUGGGCAGAAAGCAGACAAAUAUCCCUGCCUCUUGGGCUUCAUGAUAUGUGGAACCUUUUCACAUCCAUUCAUUCAGGAUCACCGUGUUUUCAGUGACAAAUAGCCCUGAGGCCA